GUUGUGGAGGGAUUUGGCCAUUGCUCUCGCUGGAAGCCUUCGCUUUGAACUUCGGCAUUGGCGGUAAGUGUCUACCCGCACUGGGGUCAGCUACAGCAGUCACAGAGAGAAAGCUACAACGUAGUGGGCGGGCUCAAGAUGCGAAAAUGGGCGCAGGAGGAGAGAUUGACGAUUCGGCUUUGACUUGCCUAGUAUGGACAACUUCACCCAGAGACGCUCUACAGCUCGUGCCGUCGCUCGUCGAGCUCAUUCCCCUUGACUUUCUAGAUUUGUCCAAUGUAUACUGA